CCGCCAUCUUGCUUCUUUUUCUCGCUUGCUCUCAGCGUUUCGGGCGGCAGCGAAAGUGCUUUGGAGGUUUGUCCAUCCGCAGCUGCGGCUCUGCCAGUCCUGUGGUCUUUCAGCCACUCCCUGCGCUUAGCCCUCCCUUUCCCCUUCCCUGGGUCCGGGGUCGCGGAGACCCUCGAAGUGCGCACACACUCGGCUUGACACCCUGGCCGGCUGGUUUUAAGGGGUGUGGCAGGAGGUUUCGGACUCGAUGAGUUUCCACCGAAAUGUCGGAGAAGUCAGGCCAGAGCACAAAAGCAAAGGAUGGGAAAAAGUAUGCAACACUCAGUUUAUUUAAUACGUACAAGGGUAAAUCACUAGAAACUCAGAAAACCACAGUUGCAGCUCGACAUGGAUUACAGAGUCUUGGAAAAGUCGGUAUUUCACGGCGCAUGCCUCCACCCGCCAACCUCCCCAGUCUCAAAGCGGAAAACAAAGGCAACGACCCCAAUGUGAACAUCGUACCUAAAGACGGCACAGGGUGGGCAUCAAAGCAAGAGCAGCAUGAAGAAGAAAAAACGCCAGAAGUUCCACCAGCACAGCCAAAACCUGGGGUUGCAGCUCCCCCAGAAGUAGCACCUGCUCCAAAAUCAUGGGCCAGUAACAAGCAAGGUGGGCAAGGAGAUGGAAUCCAGGUGAAUAGUCAUUUUCAGCAAGAAUUUCCCAGCCUGCAGGCAGCUGGGGAUCAGGAAAAAAAAGAAAAAGAAGCCAAUGAUGACAACUAUGGACCUGGGCCCAGUUUACGCCCACCAAAUGUUGCUUGUUGGAGAGACGGUGGUAAGUCUGCUGGCUCAUCCUCAGUAUCUGACCAAGACGAAAAGCUCCCUGGCCAGGAUGAAAGCACAGCUGGGUCAUCGGAGCAAAACGACAUCCUCAAAGUGGUGGAAAAGAGGAUAGCUUGUGGUCCUCCCCAGGCUAAGCUGAACGGACAGCAGCCUGCCCUGGCGUCCCAGUACCGCGCCAUGAUGCCUCCUUACAUGUUUCAGCAGUAUCCAAGGAUGGCGUAUCCCCCUCUUCAUGGUCCCAUGCGGUUCCCACCUUCCUUAUCUGAAACAAACAAAGGCCUUCGAGGAAGAGGCCCCCCUCCCUCCUGGGCCUCUGAGCCCGAGCGCCCCUCCAUUCUCAGCGCGUCCGAACUGAAGGAGCUGGACAAAUUCGACAACCUCGAUGCUGAGGCUGACGAAGGCUGGGCAGGUGCCCAGAUGGAAGUUGACUACACGGAGCAGCUGAACUUCAGUGAUGACGACGAGCAGGGCGGCGGCAGCCCCAAAGAGGACAGCAGUGAGGAUCAGGGUUCAAAGGCCUCUGAAACCACUGAGACCCGAAAAGAGGCAGACGAAGGGUGCAACGCCAAGCCGCCGUCUCAGCCCCCCGCCCCGCCAGCGGCGGCCAAGGGCCCCUACGGCAAGGGGCCGCCGUUCAGUCAGGAACGGGGACCAUCUUCUCACCUGCCACCACCUCCAAAGUUGCUUGCACAGCAGCAUCCUCCUCCAGACCGACAGGCGGUACCUGGGCGACCAGGCCCUUUCCCCCCCAAGCAGCCGGUGCCAGAUGAAGAUGAAAUAUGGAAGCAGAGAAGAAGGCAGCAGUCAGAGCUUUCUGCUGCGGUGGAGCGCGCUCGUAAACGGCGCGAAGAGGAAGAGCGGAGGAUGGAAGAACAGAGGAAGGCGGCUUGUGCCGAGAAACUGAAACGAUUAGAUGAGAAGCUGGGCAUCGUGGACAAACAGCCAACUCCAGAGGAAAUCCGAGAAAGGGAGCGGGAGAAAGAAAGGGAGCGUGAGAAGGAGCUCGAAAAAGAGCAAGAACGGGAACGAGAGAAGGAGAGGGAAAAGCAGCAGGAGAAGGAGCGGGAACUGGAGAAAGAGCAGGAAAAACAGAGAGAAAUGGAGAAGGAAAGAAAGCAAGAAAAAGAGAAGGAAGUAGAACGGCAGCCGGAAAAAGAAGUAGAAGUGCAGAAAACAGAGCAGGAGAAGGAGCGGGAGUUGGAGAAGAAAGAAAGGGACAAGGUGGAGGAGAAAACGGAGCACAAAGAGCCUGCUCUGGAGCCUGUGGCGGAAAAGCCAGAGAGUGAGAAGAGCUGCAAUAAAGAGGGUGACCUGGUUUUCACUAGACAAGACAGCAGUCGCAAUGAGAAAGAGACCACACAAGUGGCGCAUGAAACAGAGCCUGAACCAGGUUCUCAGCCCCGGCCUGCUGUUUUAUCUGGUUACUUCAAACAGUUUCAGAAGUCCUUACCACCACGAUUCCAGCGGCAGCAGGAGCAGAUGAAGCAGCAGCAGUGGCAGCAGCAGCAGCAGCAGCAGCAGCAGCAGCAGCAGCAGGGUGUCCUUCCCCAGGCAGUGCCGUCCCAGCCGUCGGGGGCUGCUGUCCCGCCUCCGCCACACCGCCCUCUGUACCAGCCCAUGCAGCCCCACCCCCAGCACUUGGCUUCCAUGGGCUUUGACCCGAGGUGGCUCAUGAUCAUGGACCCUCGAAUGAUGUCGGGGAGACCUGCCAUGGACAUUCCUCCCAUCCACCCCGGAAUGAUUCCUCCUAAGCCCUUGAUGAGAAGAGACCAGAUGGAAGGGUCACCCGGCAGUUCUGAGUCAUUCGAGCACAUAGCUCGGUCUGCAAGAGAUCACGCAGUGUCCCUCUCUGAGCCUCGCAUGAUGUGGGGGUCGGACCCCUACCCUCAUCCAGAGGCCCAGCAGGCCACUGCUCCCGAGGCAGUGGGAGAACCCGAGGCUGUGAGGCCUGAAGCCCCGCUGGAUCAGGAGCCGGUAACCACUGCAUAUCCUGUAGAGCAUAGUCAGUUAGAGGCGCGUUCAAAGGCAGACUUUGUCCGAGAGCCCAAUGAGGCCGACGUGCAGAAGUUUCUGAGCAGAUCUGUAGAAGACAUUCGGCCUCACCACGCUGAUGCAAAUAGUCAGCCAGCUUGUUUUGAUGCCCCUGAUCAAAAGACCAUCUCCACUCCUCAGGAGGAGCGAGCUUCUGCCGGAGAGAGUCAGCCCGCCCGGAAAAGAAGUGUUUCCCAUGGAUCCAACCACACUCAGAAAUCAGAGGAGCAAAGAAACGAGCCCUCGGCAAGCAUUCCUAAAAUAACCAGCAGGUGCAUGGAUUCAAAAGAGCAAGCAGAAAGGUCAGAGGACAAGCCAAAAAAGGAUGGCUUUAUACGAUCCUCUGAAGGACCAAAACCAGAAAAACUGUAUAAACCUAAAUCGGAAACUCGUUGGGGCCCAAGGCCAGGCUCUAGCAGGAGAGAAGAAGGCAAUGAUAGGCCCGUGAGAAGGUCGGGUCCCAUUAAAAAGCCUGUCCUUAGAGAUAUGAAAGAGGAGCGGGAGCAGAGGAAGGAGAAGGAGGGAGAGAAGGGAGAGAGAGUCACUGAGAAGGUUGUGAAACCGGAAAAAGUAGAAAAGAAAGAGCCUCUUCCUCCACCCGCACCACCUGCAGCACCCACUCAGCCACAGUCUGCUCCUCCACCACCUCCCCCAGAGCCAGAGACUUCGCCUUCAACAGAGACCCCCACUCCGGUGCAGAAGCCGCCUCCAGAGACUGAGAAGCCCUUGGAGCGUGGAAGUGGUGCUGAGGUGGAGCCUGCGGCCAAAACUGCAAGUCAGGCCGUCGCAGCACCAACCGUCAAAGAAGAGAAACAGCCUGAAAAAGUCGUCGGCAAAGAACUUGUUACAGAGAGGCCUCGACCAGAUUCAAGACCAGCAGUUAAAAAAGAAUCAACUCUGCCUCCCAGGACCUAUUGGAAGGAAGCCCGAGACAGAGAUUGGUUUCCAGAGCAAGGAUACAGAGGUCGAGGCCGAGGGGAGUACUACUCCCGAGGCCGGAGCUACAGAGGCUCCUACGGAGGGCGGGGCCGCGGGGGGCGAGGGCACGCCCGAGAGUACCCCCAGUACCGGGACAGCAAGCCUCGCACGGAGCACGUGCCCUCGGGGCCUCUCCGGCAGCGAGAGGAGAGUGAAACUCGCAGCGAGAGCUCCGACUUCGAGGUCGUUCCCAAAAGAAGACGGCAGCGAGGUUCCGAGACGGACACAGACAGUGAGGUUCACGAGAGUGCAAGCGACAAGGACAGUUUAAGCAAAGGUAAACUUCCCAAAAGAGAGGAGCGGUCUGAAAACAAAAAACCUGUGAAGCCUCAGUCUUCUUUCAAGCCUGAAAAUCACGUCCGAGUAGAUAACAGACCUCUGGACAAGCCGUACAUAAGGGACGACGACAAGUCCAAACCAGGUUUCCUUCCCAAAGGAGAGCCCACCCGGCGAGGCAGAGGGGGCACGUUCAGGCGCGGCGGGAGGGACCCCGGAGGCCGCCCCUCUCGCCCUUCCACCUUACGCAGACCUGCCUAUCGGGACAAUCAGUGGAACCCAAGGCCGGUCGAAGCUCCCAAACCUGAUGAUGGAGAGCCACCAAGAAGACAGGAGCCGUUCAUUCCCGUACCGGCCGAUAAACGGCCUCCCAAGUUCGAGCGGAAAUUUGACCCAGCCAGAGAGAGGCCCCGGAGGCAGCGUCCUACCCGGCCACCCAGGCAAGAUAAGCCACCUCGGUUUCGACGGCUCAGAGAGCGGGAGGCGGCCUCCAAAACCAGCGAGGUGGCCGCGCCCACAAGCGGCACAGUGAGCACUGUGGUUCCAGAGCCCGUUGCUGCUGCCGGGGACGUUUCCGGGAAUAAGACGCCAGAUUUAUCCAAUCAGAACUCUUCCGAUCAGGCCAACGAAGAAUGGGAAACAGCUUCGGAAAGCAGUGAUUUCAAUGAGAGGCGGGAGAGGGAUGAAAAAAAAAAUGCGGAUUUGAAUGCACAAGCUGUCGUGAAGGCUGGAGAGAAUGUCUCGGCCCCAAAGAGAGAAACAGCAAAGAGAAGUUUUUCUAGUCAGAGGCCUGGGGUAGACCGCCAGAAUCGGCGUGGCAACGGUGGCCCACCCAAGUCCGGGAGGAAUUUCUCAGGUCCCAGGAGUGAAAGGAGAAGCGGCCCACCGUCCAAAAGUGGGAAGCGAGGGCCGUUCGAUGAGCAGUCUGCGGGCAGCCCUGGCGCAGAUCCCGUCGGCGGCAGCUCUGCGCACCACCAGGAAGGAGCGCCAAACGGCACCGGGCAGAAGAACUCCAAAGAUGCUGCCGGGAAGAAAAGAGAGGACCCCAAAGCAGGCCCAAAGAAACCCAAAGAAAAAGUGGAUGCGCUGUCACAGUUCGACCUCAACAAUUAUGCAAGCGUUGUUAUCAUUGACGACCACCCCGAAGUGACGGUGGUCGAAGACCCACAGUCGAACCUGAACGACGACGGGUUUACUGAAGUGGUGUCCAAGAAGCAGCAGAAACGGCUGCAGGACGAGGAGCGCCGCAAGAAGGAAGAACAAGUCAUACAGGUCUGGAACAAAAAAAAUGCCAAUGAAAAAGGAAGAAGUCAGACUUCUAAGCUUCCUCCAAGGUUUGCCAAAAAACAGGCUACGGGGACCCAGCAAGCACAGUCUCCAGCUCCAGCCCCAGGUCCAGCUUCGUCCUCGGCUUCAGGUCCAGUGCCGACCUCGGCCUCACCCUCGCCCUCUGCUCCAGUUCCGGCCUCAGCCUCAGCCACAGCCAUGGCCACCGUCCCGGUCCUGCCCGCCGCCUCCACUCCACUCUCGGCUCCAACCUCCGCUCCUGCUGCAGCCUCCUCCCCUUCAGUUCCAGCUCCAACCCCCAUCCUUGCCUCAGCUUCGGCCCCAGCCUCUGUCCCCAUCCUUGCCUCAGCCUCCAUUCCCAUUCUUGCUUCAGCCCUACCACCAACUGCAGCUCCUCCUCCAGCCAGCUCAGCCCCAACAGCCCCAGCCAGCUCAACCCCAACUGCCCCAGCCAGUUCAGCUCCAGUUCCGGCCCCAGCCCCUAUGCCAGCCCCAGCCCUCGUCACAGUCGCAAUCCCAGGCCCCGGCCCCACCGUCCCACCCCAGACUCAGGGACAGACUCACAAACCAAUCCCGAGUCCCCUGCAGAGCACAGCGCAGUCUUCACCACAGCCACCCCCUUCCAUCAGACUGCCCUCAGCUCAGACACCCAACGGCACAGGUUACGCAGCCACGGGAAAGGCCAUCCAGACCUCACAGCCACAUGGCACUCUCCCCACUGAACUGUGGGAUAACAAGGUGGCCGCCCCAGCGGUGCUGAGUGACAUCUCGAAGAAAUUAGGGCCCAUUAGUCCACCACAGCCUCCUUCGGUCAGUGCCUGGAAUAAGCCUCUGACGUCGUUUGGAUCGCCUGCUUCAUCAGAGAGAACAAAGAAUGGUCAAGAAGGAGUUGAGAUUGGAAUUGACACAAUUCAGUUUGGUGCUCCCGCUUCGAAUGGGAACGAAAACGAAGUUGUUCCAGUGCUUGCGGAGAAAACUACUGACAAAGUACCUGAACCGAAAGAGCAGCGGCAGAAGCAGCCCCGGGCAGGCCCCAUCAAAGCCCAGAAGCUUCCAGAUUUGAGUCCGGUAGAAAACAAAGAGCAUAAACCUGGUCCUAUUGGAAAGGAGCGGUCACUGAAAAACAGGAAGGUAAAAGACGCCCAGCAGGUGGAGCCAGAAGGACCGGAGAAACUGGGCCCCGCUGCGGUGAGAAGCGCGGACCCCGCGACGACAAAGGAAGCCAAAGCCGCGUCAGAGAUGUCUGCCGAGAUCGGCACGAUGAUCUCGGUGUCCUCCGCCGAGUACGCCGCUAACGUGAAGGAGUCUGUAACAGACUAUACUACACCUUCCUCUUCUCUGCCUAACACUGUGGCUACUAAUAAUGCAAAGAUGGAGGAUACUUUGGUAAAUAAUGUGCCCCUGCCCAACACCCUUCCCCUCCCUAAGAGGGAGACUAUACAGCAGAGCUCCAGCCUAACUCCAGUUCCUCCCACUACUUUCAGCCUCACCUUCAAGAUGGAGUCUGCCCGGAAGGCAUGGGAGAAUUCUCCAAAUGUGAGGGAAAAGGGCUCUCCAGUAACUUCCACAGCCCCCCCGAUCGCCCCUGGGGUCAGCAGCAGUGCCAGUGGGCCGAGCGGCGCCAACUACAACUCCUUCUCCAGUGCGUCCAUGCCGCAGAUCCCUGUCGCCUCGGUCACCCCCACGACGUCGCUGUCAGGAGCUGGUACAUACACUACCUCUUCUCUGAGCACAAAAUCGACGACCACGUCAGACCCUCCUAACAUUUGUAAAGUGAAACCCCAGCAGUUGCAGACGAGCAGCCUGCCCUCCGCCAGCCACUUUUCACAGCUGAGCUGCAUGCCUUCCCUCAUCGCCCAGCAGCAGCAGAGCCCGCAGGUCUACGUGUCCCAGUCUGCGGCAGCUCAGAUCCCGGCCUUCUACAUGGACACCAGCCACCUGUUUGGCACCCAGCACGCACGGCUGGCCCCGCCGUCGCUGGCGCAGCAGCAGGGCUUCCAGCCGGGCCUCUCCCAGCCCGCCUCGGUGCAGCAGAUCCCGAUCCCCAUCUACGCGCCCCUGCAAGGGCAGCACCAGGCCCCGCUGAGUCUGGGGGCUGCGCCCGCCGUCUCCCAGGCUCAGGAACUGUUCGGCUCUUCCCUGCAACCCUAUAGAUCUCAGCCGGCCUUCAUGCAGAGCAGCUUGUCCCAGCCGUCCGUGGUCCUCUCCGGCACUGCCAUCCACAACUUCCCGGCAGUCCAGCACCAGGAGCUGGCCAAGGCGCAGUCGGGCCUCGCCUUCCAGCAGACCUCCAGCACUCAGCCCAUCCCCAUCCUGUACGAACACCAGCUGGGCCAGGCGUCGGGGCUGGGGGCCUCGCAGCUGAUGGACACACACCUCCUUCAGGCUAGAGCAAAUCUCACCCAGGCUUCAAAUCUUUAUUCUGGGCAAGUCCAGCAGCCUGGUCAGACGAACUUCUACAACACUGCCCAGUCGCCGAGUGCUCUCCAGCAGGUAAACUGUGGCAUGGUCACCGUGCCUCUGCCAGCGCCCCAACUCUCCCUGCCGAACUUCGGGUCUGCCGGGCAGCCUUUGAUUGCUCUGCCUCAGGCUCUGCAGCCCCCCCUGCAGCACACCGCCCCCCAGGCCCAGGCCCAGAGCCUGGGGCGCCCUGCACAAGCCAGCCAGCCCUUCCGGGGGCUGGUCCCUGCGGGGGCUCAGCACAGCAUGAUCGCAGCCGCAGGGAAAAUGUCUGAAAUGGAACUAAAGGCCUUCGGAAGUGGCAUUGACAUCAAACCAGGCACCCCUCCAAUCAGCGGAAGGAGCACCACACCCACCUCUAGUCCCUUCCGGGCCACUUCCACAAGUCCGAACAGCCAGUCCAGCAAAAUGAGCAGCAUUGUGUAUCAGAAGCAGUUCCCGUCAGCCCCCGCCACUGUGAGAAUGACCCAGCCAUUUCCUGCACAGUUCGCACCCCAGAUUCUCUCUCAGCCUAACCUGGUCCCUCCAUUGGUAAGAGCCCCACAUACUAACACCUUCCCAGCGCCCGUUCAGAGGCCGCCAAUGGCACUGGCCAGUCAGAUGCCUCCUCCGCUGACCACAGGCCUCAUGAGCCAUGCUCGUGUGCCCCAUGUGGCCAGGGGUCCUUGUGGAUCGCUGGCGGGAGCCAGAGGCACUCAGGCCCAGGCCGCGCUGAAGGCUGAACAGGACAUGAAGGCAAAGCAGAGAGCAGAGGUUCUCCAGUCCACGCAGCGCUUCUUCUCUGAACAGCAGCAGAGCAAACAGAUAGGCGGCAAGGCCCCGAAGGUGGACGGCGACGCAAGCAAGCCUCCCGAGACGCUGGCCGACACCCCUGGCGUCUGUCAGGAGAAAGUAGAAGAAAAGCCCCCCCCUGCACCCACCAUGGCCACCAAACCUGUUCGAACUGGACCCAUCAAACCUCAGGCCAUCAAAACCGAAGAAACAAAAUCUUAAAAGGCUGUGGUUUAUUGCAGGGCCUGGGGGAGGGGCGAGGGGAGGAGGCAGGGUGCAGUCGGCAGUGCCAGCAGCCAGAGGGGUAAAAGGUCUGUGACAGGGUCCCGUCCGGAGCUCGGAGGCGCACGAGGGGACACAGGAGCCGUUCACCCUGAGACGAGCCGCACCCACUACACAACACGCACCCUGUCGGUUGCCGUUUUUGCAUCUCAGCCUGAAUUUACACACAGACACACGCACACAGUCCUGGAGUGCGCACCCUUCAGAACUAACCGUCACAGUUAGGUGGGGCCCAGAAGUAAGAGGGAAGGAGGAGCCCGGCCCUGUCGGUGGGGUGAGCCCAGCUGGCAGAGCAGCGGCCAGGGCACUGGUGGGCCCGGGGGGUGACGAGCGGAUAAGGACUGGGGCUGUGCCGAGGAGCCUGUGUCUGACUCUGGCGGCUUGCUGUUCUUGUAACGUGGUGGUUGAGUUGAACACGAAGUAUCAUAACCAACCUUUCCUUCUUCCUGGAUGAGUGAACGGUGGUGAAACGGUGCCGCCAGCAUCCUGACCGUCCCCGAGGGGCAGGGUUUGGCGGCGGCUGCUGCUGCUGCUGGAAUGGUGCUGUGUUUGGUUGUGGCCCGAAGCUUUGAAGUGCGGCUGGGCUUCUCACCUCCGUGGAGCUCCGCCCACUCAGACGCAGCAGCUUUGGUGAACACUAGUCAGGGCGAGUCUUGCCCACCUCUACGUGGUCAUCUUUGUAUGAAUCUGUGGGGUGUGGCGGGGUGUUUUGUUUUGGUUUGUUUUGAUCUUUUUAAAACGGUUUUUAGCUGAUACUCAUGAAGACCCGCGAGCACCCAGAACAAUGCCACCGAUGAAAUCCUGGCGGGGAAGGUGCACACUUCACCAGAGCCGCCGCAUCCCACCCUGCCGGCCGGGCCCUCUGCUGGGGAAACAAAAUCAAGUCUCAAGUAAUGCCUUUGUCAUUGUACCCUCUAGUAUUCUAGCUGUAGGACAGUCCUGUAUCAUACCUCUGUGAGUGUAAACCAUGUUGUCCCUGCUUACGGUGCGUGGUCGUGACCGUGCUUGAUCGGAGCUGUUUCUGAUGAUGUUAUUCCAGAAUGUUUUCUUUCCAGAUGAUGAUGGAGAAGCUAAUAAAAAAAUGGUGCCAGGUACCACAACAGUAACAGAACUUUGCUGUUUUCUGGGGAUUUGUUUUUUACUUUUUUUUUUUUUUUUUAACGGAGUGUGCUGGAUGUCUCUAAUUUGUUCAGAUGACUGCAGAACCUGGAAAGGCUGUUGCUGCUAUCGAUGCAUAACAUACUGCUAUUGGUCUUUUUAUAUAAAUAAAUAUAUAUACAUAUAUAUAUAAUUUGAAUUUUUGGAAACUUUAGCUGUGCUGUCAACUUUGGAAAAACUAUCUCGGUUGUACCGUGUUGGGUUGGCAUUGUACAGAAAUUAACAGCCAUAUUGGUCUAGAAAUGUUCGACAUAAUUUUUUCCAUUUGUACAGGGGUAACGCACUGUAUUAAAUAUGUAAGGUCUUAAUCUACAUGGGUUUGAUUACAGAAACUAAUAAAGUAUUCUCUAAAUAAUGAA